CAAACCAAGGCCAGGUAUGAGAUUGAGGCGGAGAAGAGAGAGCUGGCGAGGCUGCUGGAGAAGAGAACACAGGAUGUGGAAAACCUCUCUGAGGAUGUGAAGCGUCUGAAUGAGAAGCUGACAGAGACCAGUAAGGUGAAGAUGGAGCUGCAGCUAAAACUGGACAAUAUACAGUCAUCUGAAGCUUCUGUACAGCACCGAGAGACGCGUAUGGAGCAGGAGAAAGAGUUGCACGAGAAGAAAAUCUCCUGGUUAACAGAACAGCUGAAGACCAAAACUGAAGAGCUGCUGAACACCAACAGAGAGAAAGGCAAAGAGAUACUGGAACUGCAGGGAGGUCUGAAGAACGCCAAGGAGCAGGUGACCCGACUGGAAAGCCAGCUGACCGCUCUGAAGCAAACCAGGGAAAGCCAGAGUAAAAGAGCUGACGAUCUGAACAACAAACUGAAGCAGUCUAAAGACGAGCAGAGUGCCAUGGAGCAGAAAUACCGCAGUGAACUCAACGCUCACAUGAAGCUGUCUUCUCUUUACAAAGGGUCAGCGGCAGACACGGAGACAAAGAAUCAGGAACUGAGCAGAGCGGUGGAGGAGUUCAGCAAGCUGGUCAAAGACAGCGGGGAAGCCAAUAAGGCUCUAGAGAAGAAGGUGUCAGAGGGAGAAGAAGUGAAGACGCGGCUUGAGGCAGAACUCAGUGAGAAGCUCAAGAAAAUGGAGAAAGAGCUGGAAAAUGCCACGAUGAAGGCCGCUGGCAAACACUGCUGUGUGCCCUCUCUGACUGACGAGCAGCUGGAGGCCAUGUGUCCGUCUGCUGCCAACAUCGCUGCCAUCGUCAAGCCCGGCAUGAAGUUCUUUGAUGUGAGUUAAUGAGACAUAUAGGGGCUGGUUG